AAUAAGAGUAAAUCAUUCGAUGAACGGGAAUAAAAUUUUACAUCUCGAUUCUUCUAAGAUUAAUAUCAUAUCCAAUCAAAAUUUUAUGAGUAGGGAGAUCAAGCUACCCUUGAAACUUUCUGAAGAAGGGACUUUACAAUAUCCAGAGUUGUGUAAGCCAGAUAUAUCUCAGUUGGAGUUGAUUAGGAAGCAAUAUCAACCCAAAAUAAAUUAUACCGACCUAACUCACUUGCCUUCUCCUGAUUAUAACAAAGAAGUAGAUUCUUUAUUGGCAAGUAUUGAUAAGUACAGCUCGAUUCCUUCUAUUCGAUGGGAUUCCUUGGGUCUAGAAGAGCUCUAUAUAUCAAUUUCUAAGGACAAAGUCACCAAAGCUCAAGCACAUUCAUCUGUCUCAAGCUCAGAUUCCUUAAAAUCCUCUACCAUCACAAACUCAUUUUUGCAGGCCCAUAACCUUUUUAGCACCUCAUUCGAUAUUUCAAAACAUACUGCAAACCUGCACUGCUCCAAGAACAAAAUUACUUAUUUGUGACAGUACGGAAACUGAACGAGGAAGUUUCAUAAGACUCGAAAUUUUGUGGACCAUGUCAGGAUGCAUUUGAAGAUUAAGCCUUAUCAGUGUACCCAUUGUGGCAAGAAAUUCACUCAGAAGGGGAAUUGGAGAAGGCACUGUAAAAGACAUUUAAGUUAA